AUGGCGGAGACGUACCUCGACGGGGUGCUGAGCAGCACGGCGACGCCCGCCGAGCUGCGGCCUUUCUACGAACAGUUCCGCGAUCUUCACAGCAAGCGGCUAUGGUACCAGCUUACUUUGCUCAUCGAUGAGUUCCUGCGCCACCCCGCGUCGCAAAAAGGCACCCAGCAAAUCGACCUGUACGAAAACUUUGUGCGCACCUUUGCUAAGAACAUCAACCACUUGAAGCUCGCGAGCUUUGGCGUGAUUGUCUCGCGCCAGUUCUCGGAUGCGGCCAAGGCACACGAGUUUUUGAGCGCGCUCGCCGACGAGUCGGAAAAGAACGACGUGCGCGACGCGUACGUCCUCCUCGCCAUGGAGGCCGCGCACUUCCAGCUGCUCCUCGGCGAUGUCGCGGCGACCAAGACGGCGAUGGACAAGUGCGCCAAGAUGCUGGAGGAGUUUAGCUCCGUCGAGCCCGUCGUCCACGCGAGUUUCUACCGCGUGAGCGGCAACUACUACAAGAGCAAGGCCGAGUACGCGGACUACUACCGCAACUUUUUGCUCUUCCUUGCGUGCAUCAAUGUCGAGACGGAGAUGAGCGCGGCGGAGCAGGUAGAAUGCGCGCACGAUCUCGGCAUCUCGGCGCUGCUCGGCGAUACGAUCUACCACUUUGGCGAGCUGCUCCUGCACCCGAUCCUCGCCUCGCUCAAGGGCACCGAGAACGAGUGGAUCAGCGAGCUACUCUUUGCGUUUAAUGCGGGCGACAUUGGCCGCUUUGAGUCGCUCCUGCCCCGUCUCGCCCAGGAGCCGAUCCUCGAGACGAACGUCGCGUUCCUGCGCCAAAAGAUCUGCCUCAUGGCCCUCAUCGAAAACGUCUUUAGGCGCUCGACCGACGACCGUACCCUCUCGUUCGAGACGAUCGCCAAGGAGACGCAUAUCCCGGUCGACGAGGUCGAGCACCUCGUGAUGAAGGCGCUUUGCCUCCAGCUCAUCCGCGGCAACAUCGACGAGGCGGAGCAGCUCGUGCGCAUCUCGUGGGUCCAGCCGCGCGUGCUCGACAACGGCCAGACGAAUGCGCUCCUGCAGCGCCUCUCGGGCUGGUGCGACCGCGUGCAGCAGGUCUCCGAGUUCGUCCAGACCCAGUCGCCGGAACUCUUUGCGAACGCGUAG